GUCAUCAGAGUGCAGAAGAGAGACGGAAGAUACCAAAGGGACAGUCAAACUCAUAAGUCAAGUCAAGUCAUCAAAGUGCAGAAGAGAGACAGAAGAUACCAAAGGGACAGUCAAACUCAUAAGUCAAGUCAAGUCAUCAAAGUGCAAAGGGAAAAAAUAAAUCAUACUUACAGUCCUAUAAGACUUUAAAUCCACUCUUUGGCUGCUGUCUAAAUAUGGCUUAAAAUUUCUAUGUAUAUAUUUGUUGUAAUGAGUCCUUGAAAGGUGAGCUAAUGAUUUUGGAAUUGAGUAAAUCUUUGAAAAAGUUUGCUUAUUCUUAAAACUAGGAAAUCUUUUGUACUGUUCUUUUAAGAUGUAUAAUUGUUAAUUUUAUUGCAUGCUUAAUAUUCUUUAUAGGGAUUUCCUGACAUAUGACAGACACGGUGAAAUGAUAAAUGAUCGGUUACGUACUAAACUUCUUACUGAUACCCUUCAGAUGGAUCCUAUAACUCACGAGAGUAAAGUGUAUAGUCUGACCAUGAGUAAUAUGUUGUUAAGUUCUUGCAAUGGUUUCCAAAAUGAAGUAGAUUACUUAGGAGAAAUGUUCAGCAUGGGAUCUGUGGCAGAUAUAUUGGUUCUCCUUACAACCUCAGGAGAGGUUAAAUUUGUUGAUCUUCCCUCGUUACUACCAUUAAGUCCUAUACUGAACAAGCCUCUUGAUAGCAACUUUUGGGAGAAAGACGACUUAAAAGUUAAAGACAAAAUCAAAUUCACAACAUUCAAAGUUGUUGGGGAAGUGAGUUUCACUGAUGACAUUGGCAAGACAUAUACGAGAGCUGCCAUUGCUGUGGAUAAUCUUCUGCUUAUUUUAAAGAUUCACAGGGAGACAAUAGAUUCUGAUGCAGUAGUCACUAUAACACAGUCAAUAACACUGGCAGGAUUUCCUAAAGAAAUUCACUUUGUCAAUGAAACAGUUGGAUUUUUACUGACAGUAACCCAACACUUUCAAACAAACCACAAUUACAGAGAAAACUUGUAUCACUACCUCCAUGAUGGUCAGCUUAAACAGGUUCUCCUGUGUUUAGGACAUGGACCACGGUCAUUUCUUACAGUUUACUUACCGAACAACAGUGAACAUGACUUCAGUGAUCCUGAUCAUGGGAAGGCAGGAUGGAGGCUCUACAUGAGAGACGGACAUGGUGGAAUUAUCUGUGUAAUAUUACAAUGACUUUAUGAUAUGUAUUGGUAUAAUAGCUUAUUGAGAUUGUACAGGACAUAUCCAUCCUUAAUUUUAAUUUUUAAUAAAAACAGUUAACAGCUUUUGGAACUUACUCCUUUCAUCAGUGAUGUGUUUGUGAUAAUCAGUUUCAUCAAUGCUCUUUAAGCACUCAUGUGAAAUAGAAUUAAAUAUUUUGUGUUGCUUAGAAGCUUAUAAUAUACUUCUGUAAAUGAUUGAGAUAAAGAACCAGUGAUUUGUAAAAGUUAUGUCCCUUACGCUAGGUUUAUCUUCUUAAUUUACAAUGAAAUUUUGUUGAAAUGUCCUUCUGAGAGAGGCCUCUUUAUUCAAAUUCUGCUUUAUUUGUAGAGCACUUUUAAGACACAUAUAUUUGAACAAACCCUAGAUUUGGAUUCUAGGAGAAUUUAUAAAAAAACUUUAAAGAAUUCAGUCUGAUUUUUAUACGACCGCAAACAAAUUUUUGUGGUCGUAUAUUGGUAUGACGUUGGCGUCGUCGUCGUCCGGUGUCGUCCGAAGACUCAUUGGUUUUCGCACUCUAACUUUAGUUUAAGUGAAUGGAUCUCUAUGAAAUUUUACCACAAGGUUCAAUACCACAAAAGGAAGGUUGGGAUUGAUUUUGGGGGUUAUGGUACCAACAGUAAAGGAAUUAGGGGCCAAAAAUAAGCAUUUUUGUAACUUCCAGACAUAACUUGUGUGUUAGUGUAUGGAUCUCUCUGACAUUGUACCACAAGGUUCCAUAUCACAAAAGGAAUGCUGGGAUUGAUUUUGGGGGUAAUUGCCUCAAAAUUUUAGGAAUUAGGGGCCAAAAAAGGGGCAAAAAACAAGCAUUUUUCUAGUUUCAUGACAAUAACUUGUGUGUAAGUGUAUGGAUCUUUCUGAAAUUGUACUACAAGGUUCCAUAUCACAAAGGGAAAGCUGGAAUUGAGUUUGGGGGUAAUUGCCAAAACGUUUAGGAAUUGGGGGCCAAAAAGGGGCCAAAAAUAAGCAUUUUUUUAGUUUCCAGACAAUAACUUGUGUUGAAGUGUAUGGAUCUCUCUGAAAUUGUACUGCAAGGUACCAUACCACAAAGGGAAGGCUGGGAUUGAUGAUGGGGGUGAUGAAUCAUAAGGGGGUUCAAAAAAUUUGGGGGGGGAUUUUUUUUUUUCAUUUUUUUUCUUUUUUUCCUUUUUUUUUUCUUUUAAAAUUUUCCAUUUUAAGUUGGUUAUUUCUGAUUUAUAUUUAAAAGCAAAUAAUAAUGAUAUGGUAGGAGAUACACACCAAACAGGAUGUGUAAAUUAUUAUAUGAUAAGUAUUGUGCAAUAGCAAGAAAUUUUCAAUUGCACAGUAUUGCACAAUAGCAAGAAAUCUUCAAUUGCACAGUAUUGCGCAAUAGCAAGAAAUCUUCAAUUGCACAGUAUUGCGCAAUAGCAAGAAAUAUCCAAUAGCACAAUAUUGCGCAAUAGCAAGAAAUUGUCAAUUGUACAGUAUUGCAAAAUAGCAAGAAAUAUUUAAUUGCACAGUAUUGUGCAAAAGAAGAUACUUCAUAUAAAUUGCUUAUUUCUUGACCAAUUUCAAUGGGGUUUUAUUCUUGAAUUCUUGGGGUUCUUUAAUAUGCUGAAUCUAACCAUGUAUUUAGUUUUUGGAUUUUGGGCCCUGUUUUUAAAUUGGUCCACAUUGAGGUCCAAAGGGUCCAAAAUUAAACUUUGUUUGAUUUCAUCAAAAAUUGAAUUAUUGGGGUUCUUUGAUAUGCCGAAUCUAACCGUGUAUUUAGAUUCUUAAUUUUUGGUUCCGUUUUCAAAUUGGUCUACAUUAAGGCCCAAAGGGUCCAAAAUUAAACUUAGUUUAAUUUUAACAAAAAUUGAAUUCUAAGGGUUCUUUGAUAUGCUGAAUCUAAACAUGUAUUUAGAUUUUUGAUUAUGGGCCCAGUGUUCAAGUUGGUCCAAAUCGGGGUCCAAAAUUAAACUUUGUUUGAUUUCAACAAAAAUUGAAUAUAUGGGGUUCUUCGAUAUGCUGAUUCUAACCAUGUAUUUAGAUUUUUGAUUUUUGGGCCCCGUUAUCAACUUUGUCCACAUUGAGGUCAAAAGGGUCCAAAAUUAAACUUUUUUUGAUUUCAUCAAAAAUUGAAUUCUUGGGGUUCUUUGAUAUGCUGAAUCUAACCAUAUAUUUAGAUUUUGGAUAUUGGACCAUAAUAGGUGAAUGUCCAAUUUAAAAUUUUUAAGUUCUUAGACCACAUUCAUUCUGUGUCAGAAACCUAUGCUGUGUCAAAUAUUUAAUCACUAUCCAAAUGCAAAGCUGUAUCAAGCUUAAAUGUUGUGUCCAUACUUGCCCUAACUGUUCAGGGUUCGACCUCUGCGGUCGUAUCAAGCUGCGCCCUGCGGAGCAUUUUAUUAUAAUUUGGCAGAUAAUGGCUCAGAAAUCUUUUAAUUAAUAUCAUUCAAAUGUAAUAUUUUGCUCAUAAAGAAUUCAUCUUGACCUAAUUGAGAAAGGGGAUAUGGGUUGGAUUAAAUAAGGUGUUUUAUCUUGACUAACCAAACUUAAUUAUAAUGGUAAGAACAUUUUAUAUUCUAUUAAAGCAAUAAUCAAUUUUAUAUAUAAAUAUGUCUAAAUUGAGAACAACGUUCAAACCUAUGAUUGCGUUGGAUAAAAUCUGCAAUUUUUAUACGUGUGCAUGCAAAACAAAUUUCUUGGUAGAGGGGUCUAAAUACAGCAUAAACAACAUUUUCCAAAAGACCAAAAAAGUGAAAAAAUAUAUUUAAACAAAACGCAUUUGACUAACAGGUCGAACAAUGGAUGUUCUUAACCCCUGCAGACUGCCAUUGGCAAUUGCGAAAUAAACAGAUCACAAGAUGUAACAAAAUGGAUCUUAAUUAUUAAUUUAAUACCAAACAGAAAACAAUAAACUUGCGGAAAAGAUGGUAUACCGCAAACAUGAGGUGCAAAAAUUUGAACACCAUAUCCAGAUUUCAACUAUUAAUGUCUCUUCAGUGAUGUUAGGAAUCGAAACAGUAUUUGGGAGGCCAUAUAAUUUACUUCAAUUUAGGAUAGACUCUUGAAUUUUGAAGAGUCGAAAUAGGAUGAACGGAUCAUAUAAUAUAUAUAUAUAUAAAUAAACAUAAAUGCCUAAGAUACAUAACAUACAAAUCUAUUUAACCAUCGAUCAUGGGUACAAAACUAACGAAAGACUGUCCCCUCACAAGACAUCUUCCCUUAAACAUACAUCCUUUUGAUAACGUCACUUUCCAAAUUAUAGAAGUGAACACUGAGUAUGGCACUGCAGCAAGAAGGAGAAGAAAAACUUUUGGUUUAUCAAGUUUCACACUUUGGAAUCUGAUGAAUAAAAACAUUAAAAAUACAGCAAGGAUAAAGAUUAAGUUCAUUUCAUGACAUCAUCCUUAAUAUCCUUAUAAUAUUGGCCAAUGAAUGUUGCAAACUAACCUUACUACAAUUGAUUUCAUAUAUCAUACAAAAAAUCUUUACUGCAUACAAUAUUUUUAUGCAGCACAAUUAUAGAUCUGAUUGACUAAUCUGUACAAUUGGCUGCAAAAGCUUCUUAUCUGCAUCCAAAUUUUACCUGGAUAGAUGCAAACCCAAUGAAACUAGUUUGUCUAGCGAAAUAUUGUGUUUACUAUUUAUAGCAUUGUAAAUAUUCACAUACUAAAAAGUGUAUUAAAAUAACAAUGUAGGCAAAGCUAUAAAUAAAUACAUAUCUGUAUAUUUA